AUGUACAAUUUUUGUCGCUGGUAUCCAAGUUGUAAAAUUAUAUUUAUGGCACCAACCAAACCAUUGGUUGCCCAACAAUUAGAUGCAUGUGCAAAAAUUAUGGGAAUUAAACGAACAGAGAUGUGUGAAAUGACAGGUCAUAUAUCGCCUGAUGAACGUAAGCGUUUGUGGCAACAAAAACGUGUGUUUUUUCUGACACCUCAAACAUUGACCAAUGAUUUAUUACGUGAUCCUUAUUUAUGGACAAAAGUGAGAUGUUUAGUGGUUGAUGAAGCACAUCGUGCAACAGGAAAUUAUGCAUAUUGUCAAGUUAUUCAAGCAUUAGCUACACACAGUGAACAAUAUCGCGUACUGGCAUUAAGUGCAACGCCUGGAAAUAGUGUCGAAGCUGUCCAACAAGUAAUAGAUAAUUUGAAAAUUGCUCACAUUGAACUACGUACCGAUGAUUCACUGGAUAUUAAAAAGUAUAGUUUUGAAAAAGUCAUUGAAAAAAUUAUUGUCAAACCGAAUCCGUUAAUGGAUGAGUUACGCUCAUGUAUUUUGGACAUAUUGAAACAUCCUAUUGAACAGUUACACACAAUAGGAAUACUGCCUCGUGAUAAACCGGAAGCAUAUUCACAAGGAGUGAUCGUUCAAAUUAUGCAUCAGUUACAAACAAAUCCACCUAGACAACUGAGUGAUAGACAAAUACAAGAAGCCAAAACACAUAUCUUCUUUGCUAUUACAUUCUAUCAUGCAUUACAAGUUCUCGAACAGCAUGGCCUUCGUCCAGUGUAUACAUUUUUCAAAAAGAAAUUAACAGAAGACAAGAAAAAUAGUCAGAUUCAUAUGAUAUUUCGUACAAAUUCUAAACUGGGAUCGAUUUAUGCUCAAUUGACAGCGGCUUUUGAUUUGACACAAAUCAGUACACAACAGCGUUGUCUAUCGUCAGUGGAUAUUGGUCAUCCAAAACUAAUUAAAUUGAGAGAAUGUGUCGUGGAUCAUUUUCGAAAAUUUGAACGGGAAAAGAAAUCACCUGGAGAUCAAACACGUGUUAUCAUUUUCAGUGAAAAGCGUGAAAGUGUGAAAGAAAUAACGGAAAUUCUAACACAAGAGAAACCACUGAUAAAGCCGAUGGCGUUUGUUGGACAACAAAGUGGUGGAAUUACACAAAAACAACAAAAAAAGAUCGUCAACGACUUCAGACUAGGUGGUUACAAUACGCUGGUAGCAACGUGUAUCGGUGAAGAAGGUUUGGACAUUGGUGACGUUGACCUAAUUGUUUGUUUCGAUGCACUGAAAAGUCCAAUUCGUCUUAUUCAACGUAUGGGCAGAACAGGACGUAAACGUCAAGGUCGAAUUGUUUUGUUGAUGACCGAAGGCAAAGAAGAACGCACAUUACGUGACGGUGAACUAAAACAACGACGAAUAUACAAGACAAUUGUUGAUGGACAAAGAACACUAAAAUUAUAUUCGAAAAACCCACGAAUGCUACCAUCAAAUAUUCAUCCGACAUGUCAAGAAAUGAAUAUCAAAUUUGAUGAAUCAGUAGAUAAACAACAAAUGACGGGAACAAAAAGAAAGGACACUAAUGAUGAUGAAAAAGAGUUUGAUUUUGAUCGAAUGAUCAAAUCGUUGACGCGUCUAUUUCGUAAAGAGAAGCUAUUAUCAGAUCAAGAGUACUAUUACUGGAUGAGAAAUUUUCGAUAUGAAAAAGAGGAUGAAAUGGAUGAUGAUGAAUUUUUAUCGAAUAAAGAUCGUUUGUCAAUGAUGAUAAAAACGUGUAUGGAAAAAUGGUCAACAGUUCAAAUUCAAGCCGAUAAACACUCAACAAGAACUCAGAUGUUUGUAAAUAUUAUGAAAUUUAUUGCUGAUCAAGGAGCAUUGAAUGAAGAUAACUAUGCCGAUGAAAUGGAUCGAAUUACAAAUUUAGAAUCAGCUGGCAAAAUUGAGUAUUGGCUCGAUGGUAAACGAAAAGAUAAAAACGCAAUUCUGUUUCAGCGUCAAAUACCAACAAACGCGUUGACAACAACAACAAAUCAAGAUGAUAAUAUCGCUAAAUCAUACAUGCCCUCUUAUCAAACGAUUACAAAUAGAUCAACAUCGCCAACAUUACCGUCACAACAACAAAAUCGAUGUAGCAUACCUGAAAUACCACCAUCAUCACGUAUGAGAACAUCGGAUGAAUGGAAUAAUAAAUUGAAUUUAACGCCAGUUGAUUUAAAUCGAUUAUUUUUAGAAUGUGAAACAGAAAUGAAUUUACCAGCAAAUGUUGAUGAAUGGAAUAUCAAAAAUGAUCAAAAUGAAAAUAGAUUAGAUGAUGCUGAGGGAAUAUUUGAAUAUCCAUCGCAUACGGAAGAUGAUUUUCAGCAAAUGCAAACUACAUCAGCCACUGUUGAUAAUCCACCAUCUACUAUAAUAUCUUCGUCAAAUAAAUUGUUGAGUCAACAGCAACCUCAAUCAAGUGGUAUACCGAAUUUUGAUAUGACAUUAGAUGAUCUAUUUGCCAAUACUCAAGU